CUGGGGCAACGCUCUGCCCACGCUUUUCACCACACGAGUUCUUGUUGGUGAGUGAAAGGCACUCUGCACAUUCUCAGGAACACUCUCUGUCUGGUAUUCAAGACUGUGAAUGAGGGAGCCUGGCUGCCAGCCAGAGGGCAGCAGAGGGUAUUGUUCUCCCUCCACCUCUCGUUUACCAGAAAUCGGGAUAAAAUCCCCCCACCUCCUUUUGUCAAAUGCCCAGAUUCACUUCUUUAUUUCUCUGUUUGUUCAUUUCCCCUUUACAUUAUGCAGCCAUUUGUCUUCCUGCUUAGUGAAGCAACGAGUUGCGGUGGAGGGAGCAUGGCUGGCCGGCUGCCAGCUUCCACAGUCAACUUCUUGGGCUUUUUUUCAUUACUCCUGGACAUGACUCGAAGAGACACGCCUUAGCAAUCCAGGUGUGGCUGCCAUGAGCUCACCUGGCAUAGGCGGGACGGGACAACCAUUAAAGCAACAGCACCCUCAAGGCACUCAUAUCUUCUCACACUUUCCCUUUGCCACACUUCAGAGUGAGUAUAUCACAGAAAACAGCUGCUGCAGCUUAGGUUUCCUCCUUUGAUGCUGCAGGCUCCAGGAAAAGUUUGCAGGUGUUUGCAACAUCUCAGCCGCUCAGAGAGAGAGAGAGAGAGAGAAGAUAAACAAUCCUUGAAGACUUCACAACCGAAGGAUGUCAAGGGUGAUGCCAAACCAUGUGCUUAGGGUCGGACAGACAAUAUGUGUUUCCUCCCAAGAAGACCACGCUCACUUGCAGUCUAACGGUUAUUCGCCUUGCCACACUUCGCCAUCGCAGUAUUUAUAUUAUUCUGUAGAAGGCUGGGACAGACAGAUCUCAUUGACCCAAGGCAAAGGAGGUCCACUGCCCAAGAUGGAACUCUAUGACUCCUGUAAGCCGGCAGAGGCCACACCUAUGAAAUCCCCAAAUUUGGGGGAUAAAUGUCUGCCAGAGGAGCCGACAGAAACGGGCAAUGACAGCUGCCCAGAAUUCUCUCCCACUUUGGAUGUGUCCAUUGAUAAACUGAACCGCUUGAUCUUGGAAAUUGACCCCACUUUCCAGCCUCUCCAGCUGAAUCCGAUCCAAAGCCAGAGUCCUAACCAAGCUGUUCCACAAAGCAGCACAGCAGUGGCCCCAAAACAGGAGCCAGAAUCCCCAGACAUAAAGUACAUCGAAAUGACACCUGCCAGAGCAAAGUGCCAGGAAUCUCUGCAGAACUCAGCGAAUCCGUCCAGCGCUCCACAUUCCACAUCUCCCCCAAACCACUGCCCUUUGUUCCCCCAUGGAGGAACCCACUCCAGUGGCCACAUGACCUUCGUGGUUGGCCACGAUCCUGGUGGCCCCCAGUAUCCCACAGGGAGGCAGUCGCCAGCUUGCAUCCGAGUCUCCGAAAGCAUCUCCAUCCCGCAGCAGGACCAGAAGGGCUAUGGGUCAACUUCCCUCCUGGCUUCCUCCCCAGGCUUGGAGAACUUACGGAAGCUGUCUCAGCAUGGGAGGCUGGUGCAGCGAUGCAGCGAGGCAUCUCUGCUGUCGACAAGUCCUGGGUCGGACACCAGCUACAUCCUUGGAAGCAGCUCCCAGUCACUGUCCAACAAUGAGCCCGACACUCCUCAGACCAGGUCAACAGGAAGUCCUUCCUCUGUUGGAUCCCUCAGUGGUUCUUCCCUUGGUUCCUGGAGCUCAGGUUCCUACUAUCCUGGUGUCAGUUGCUCCCAGAAAGGGAAUUCUCCCCUAUCUCAGCCGUUCCAGAAGGGACAGACCCAUAGCUGCGCUCCUUCACCCGUCACAAGCUCCCCAUCCCCUGUGCCCAUUGUGCUUAUCAACGGCCGUCUGGAAGACAGUGAGAUGUCCUCCAAACUUUACAGGAAUCACCCAGGUUCUUUCAAACAGAAGAUGGUCCCACCCAGUUCUGGCUCAUUUUCAGGUGCCAGCAGUUCCAACAAAACAUCUUCAGAGAGCUCGCUCUCAUCUUCUUCGUCUCUGGACAGCUAUUCAAAAGAAACACAGACAACGAUGAAGUUUGUGAUGGACACCUCCAAGUAUUGGUUCAAGCCCAGCAUCACAAGGGACCAAGCUGUCCAGAUGCUUGCUGAUGAACCUCCUGGCACUUUCAUCAUGCGGGACAGCACAUCUUACCGCGGCUCGUUUGGCUUGGCCAUGAAAGUCUUCGGGGGCAAAACAGGGGAAGAUGGCAGUGAUCCCAUCAGGCACUUCCUCAUUGAGUCUUCUGCCCGAGGAGUACACCUUAAGGGCGCCGAAGAAGAACCCUAUUUUGGAAGUCUCUCGGCGUUUGUAUAUCAACACACCAUCAUGCCUUUAGCAUUGCCCUGCAGACUGGUUAUCCCCAGCCAAGAUUUCUUUGGAGGAAGAGAAAAUCCUGCCGUGGGUUCAGAAGCCACUCUGCCAGUUUCAAUGAAAGCUGCAGUCUGCAAUCUCCUGUACCUGCACUCCCUGACCAUGGAGACGCUCACCGGCAAAGCAGCAGUUCGGAAAGCCGUAUCUGCCACUUUCGAACUGGAGGUCCCGCCUACGCCCACCAUCGUCCACUUCAAAGUGACUGACCAAGGGAUCACCUUGACAGACAUCCAGCGGAAGGUUUUCUUCCGGCGGCACUAUCCACUGGCUGCCAUCAGCUUUUGUGACAUGGACCCCGAAAACCGAAAGUGGCAGAAAUUUUCCAAGAUUUCCAGGAUCUUCGGUGUCAUUGCCAAAAGCCCAGCAGACUCUGAGAAUAUCUGCCACCUCUUUGCAGAAUAUGACGCAGUGCAUCCGGCUUCCCAUAUUGUUGACUUCAUCAAGAAACUUCUCCCUGCUGCUUAACGUUGCCCAAAUGCUGGGGUCCUCUGUUUCCUAGCAAUGCUGCCCCACCACUCCCUAUACCCCCACCCCACCCGGAAGCGCAACAGUGCGCUCUUGGUCUUUGAAAGCUCUCUGGGUUGCAUUUCGAAAAGGCUCUGGAGACAAACCAUGGCUGUAUGAGUGUUGUGAGGGCUGCAACAGAAAUGCGGCAGUGGGAAGCAGCAGCAGGUCAUAUGUCUUUGCAGGAAUGAUUCAGUGACCGGAUUGUCUCUCUACAGGAAGGCCAACCGUGUAAUUUCUGGGCUCCUAUUUCAACCAGCAUACUCUUUAGGCCAAUUGAUCAAAAAAGGUGUUUUUCUACCUUGUGGAAAAAAGAUAGUCUUGCAACAUGCAAAGUUGUACUGAUUUGCCUUGGUAAUAGCAAAUCUUUGAGAUAGGUCUGCCAACAGGAAUCCAUGCUCAGUUCGUCCGUUGACUGGACUAUUGUAAUGUGUAAAUACUUUAUGAAGAAUAUUUAGAAGCUGCAAUUGCUGCAGAAUGCAGCUGUCAGAGUGUUAAAUCGUUUGGCACCAGCCUGCUCAUGUAAUGAGAUCAGCAGCAGAGGCCCUUCUUGUGGCCCGUUGUUAGGGUAUACCCACAAUGCAGUGACACAAGAUGGGGGCCACCACGGAGAAGGCCCUGUUUAUGGAACUCACUUCCCUUUGCUAUAGGGACAAUGCUGCCAUUAUUCAACUUUUGUUGCUGGGUAAAUAUACCCUUUUUUUCACCCAGCCUUUGAGAGAGGGUUGAGCCUAGAGGGCUAACUGUAAACAUGGCUGCCGUAGUGUUGUUAUUUUGAUACUGUAUAUUUUUCUUAUUAAAUAUAUACUGGCCAUAUCAAUAACUUCUAUAUGAAUCUUAUUACUCUAAUCUGCCCUGGAACCAAGAGCGGCUGAAGUGUGGGCUAAAUGAUCAAAAUCGUCAAUUAAUUAAUGUCACCCCAGUUCUGAAAGAUCUGCAGCGGUUGCCUCCAUGUUUGUGUUUGGCUUACAAAAUGGCCUGCUCCAUGGCAACGCAGGUCUCAGACUGGGUGUAAAGUGAGAUUGAGACUGGAUACAGAGGCAAGACAAAACAGGGAAAGGAUGAAGCGUGAAGCCAAGAUCCAGCUGCAGUAACAGGCGGUAUGGUGGGGCAGUGGUGCUCACCUGACCUUCCGACCAUUGAGUUGCUGAUGCUUACAGGGAAGGAAAGAGCAGGGAGAAGUGAGGCAACAGGGAGGCUGGUGCAGUGCAAAUGCACAGGUGAAGCUUGUUUGGCACUCCUGCUGGUAAGCUUGCACCGCACCAACCUUCCUGCUGCCUCACCCCUUUGUCGUUCUCAGUAAGCAGCAGCAACUCGGCCGUCAGGAGGCCAGGUGAGUGCCACCACCACACCAUUUGCAGUCAUCAGGCUGUGCUCUAGAAAUUCAGGGCUGUGAUGUUGCUUCAGCAAGAAACAAGUCAAUACUGAGCCCUGCAGAGCAUCGGCUCUGUCCUAAUGGUUGGCCCCCAUCCACAUUGUAAGGUGCUGCUUUAAUUGAAGGGGCCCAGCCCUCUCCAGGAGUCAUCUUCUGCAGUACAGCAGGGGCGCUUCUGGCCUCUUCCACACUAGAAUACACUGAGGCCAGCACUGCUGCAUCCUCAACACAUGGGACACUGUCCCCCACACCACACCCUUGUUUGUAUGGUAGCAACACUUCUGGGAUUGGCUCUGUGCUCCAGAGAGCUCCAUUCCAUCACCCGAAAUGGACUUUAAUUUCUUUUUGCUUUUAACUGGUUUUGUUUUUUUGCUUUUAUGUGAUACUAUUUUGGGGUUUUAAUGUUUUUAUAUUGUUGUAAACAGCUAUAAUUUUUUUAAUGAUACUGCAGUAUAUAAAUAUUUUUAUAACUAAGUAAAUAAAUCUGACUUCUGGUCCUGGACAUAA